ACAAAUGUAGAGUGCUGCCAGAUUAUCGAAUACUGCCAUAACACAAAUACCACAAAUUUGUAAUUAAAGAAACAAGACAACCAAUUGCGUGUGUUUGUGCUCAGUUUAUGUGCGAAAUAAUUGGCUGCCAGCUGUGCAGCAACUACAUGUUCUAACUGAUGUGCAGCAGCAGGAAAAACAGAGCGACCAGCCGCGACACAAGCAUUCCAAUGCACUUUCUCUCAAUGGUGUAAAACCAGUCUUGCGGCUUUUUGUUGCUGUUCUUGUUGUUGUUUUUGACAUCUAUUCGAUAUCAAUAGAAAAAUACAGGCCAAAUACGUUGUCGCGCUUAUGUGUUGUGUUGUUAGCAGACUACUAAGCACCUGUGUGCCGCAACAGCCACAACAACAUCGAAAAUCAAGCACGCUGAUUGCUGUCUUUAGCCGUCUUUAUUGGCCAGUCACAUCUUGCCCACUCUUGAGUGCGUUUCUCGAUACUCUCGCGCUUUAAGAAUUCAUAAUUUGCAUAAAUUUUUGCUAUAUGCAUAGCCCUGGCCGAGCAUGUUUCUCCAAUUGAGUCAUUACGCCACGGAAUUUUGUGCUAAACAUGUCUUCAAUUGAGGAGAAAGUGCGCAGCAUACUGAACGCCAAAGAUCUGGGCGAUAUAACAGCAGAACUAUGCGAUUUCUCGCUGAAAGAGCAGAAUGCCACGGCCGAGGCGCAAGGCGUGCAGCCAUCGGCGACGGCCGACUUUGUGCCCCAGGUCGGGCAAACGAUCAACUAUAUUGUGGCCUGUGUGCUGUUCAAUGAGCACGACGAGCUACUCAUGAUUGAGGAGGCCAAGCCCAGCUGUGCAGGCAAAUGGUAUCUGCCGGCAGGUCGCAUGGAAAAGGGCGAGUCGAUCACAGAGGCAGCGGCACGUGAGCUGUUCGAGGAAACAGGCCUCAAUGCAGAAAUGACCACAUUGCUGGCCGUGGAAUCGGCCGGUGGCUCCUGGUUUCGCUUUGUGUUAACGGGUCGCAUAACGGGCGGACGGCUUAAAACGCCCGCCGAUGCGGACUCGGAGUCAAUACAAGCUCUGUGGCUGCGCAAUCCCAAAGAGGUGCCGCUGCGUGCCAACGAUAUACUGAGCAUCAUUGAAAUCGGACGCGCCUAUCAUCAGCACCAGAAGCAGGCACAGCAGCAGCCGAAUGUUCCACACCAGCCGCAGUGGCAUGGCAGCGUGCUGCCCACACGUCAUCCGCACAAGCGCAACUAUAUGCGUGUGCUUGCCGUGGCACGCAAACGUGCUAGCAACUCGAUGAACAUACUCAUCAGUGAGAAGAAUACGCAUCAUUUUCCGACCGUCGAACUGCAUCCGAAUCGCAGCCUGCACUCGACACUGCGUAAAUUCAUGAUUGAAAUAUUUGGCGCCGAGCUGCCGCAGCAUCGGCCACACGGCCUGCUCAGCGUGGAGCAUGCAACAAGCAGCGAUGAGUGCACCGAUGGCAUCUGCCUGAAUCUGCUGGUGGCCUUUAGGCCGCCGCUUGAGGAGAUUUCGCUAAUUGGCAAAUGCAUUUGGCAGGAGCUCAGCCCGCCGCUGGACGAGACGCUGGCCCGCAUACUCAGCAGCAAACAUGCGUCCAUUCCACUGAACGUGGUACGAUAGCUGCUUAUCGACUAGUUCUAGCCUAAUCUCUCUAUCCAAUGGUGCAAGCUCAUAGAUAUAUAUAUAUAUAUAUAUAACCUUUAAUUAGAUAAUAUCAAAUGCCACUCAUUCACACAAAUGAGACAGUCGAGUCUGUGUUUGACUUGGACUCUUCUCUUUUAAAUUAAAUGUAAAUCAUUUUACUCGAGCUAUUUGAUAUGA